AUGCCAGAACUCCAAAUGAGGUUCUCAAACUUGGUCGGGUGGUUAACGCAUGAUGACUUCCCGAACUUGAUGGCUUCGUCCUGGAACCCUGAUGGGGAUUGGCUUACCAACUCUUCGAACUUCAGAGGUGCUGCCACUACUUGGAAUGACGAUGUUUUUGGCCAAAUCUUCCAUAGGAAGCGUCGUAUUAUGAAGCGCUUGGAAGGGAUUAACAACCGUCUGAGCAUGGCCUUUGAUCAGGGGUUGGAAAAUCUUCAGGAAAAAUUGUGGCAGGAGUACAAUACUGUGAUUCUCCAAGAAGAAUUGCUUUGGGCCCAGAAGUCAAGGUGUCUUUGGCUCAAGUUUGGUGAUAGGAACACGAGGUUCUUUCACACGACCACUAUUAUUCGAAGGAAGCGGAAUAAAAUAGAGGCUCUUAUUGAUGAUGGUGGUAAUUUACUGACUGAUUUUGAUGUUUUACAGGACUUUACUGUGAAUUUCUUCAAGCAGAGCUACAUAGACGAUGGUGGUGGCCUUCCUCUUUCCACUACUUGCACGUUUCCGAUUGUCCUUGAGCAGGAUUUGGCUUUGAUUCAAGGAAGCUUCCAAGAGCUACAUAGACGAAGGUGGUGGCCUUCCUCUUUCCACUACUUGCACGUUUCCGAUUGUCCUUGA